AUGCUAAUAAGUAAUCUAAUGUAUGAAAAAGAAAGGUUGCCACUGGCUUAUACAACUAACCUCAAGCAAGGAGCUCUCGGAUCAUUGAGAUCUACAGGAGAAGGAUUUUUCCAAAGGACAGAAAUCUUUCCUUUCCUGAACAACAAAUCAAUGUCAAUAACUGAUCUCAAAAAAGGUGGAAUUUUAGACCCACAAACUUCGCUGCAAAAUGCAAGCAUCAGAGCAAAAAUUUUCAAUAAAAAUACCGAAUCAUGUGAUUUAUGGAAAACAAAGCUUGUCAAGCAAGACCAAAUGAUGGGCACUUCGCGUAAGGAUGGAUAUCCAUAUAAUAGAUUUACCCCUCUUGGUCCUCAUAUAGAGGCUCCUAAUAAGAGCAGAAAUCCAAAGUUUUAUAGAACAUUGUCUUCAGACACAUGGGCUUUUCAUAAGGAUAUGGGAGAAUUUACUUACUUUAAUAUAGCUUACAUGAAAAAUAAUGCCUGCUUCCCAUAUCUCAAAAAGAAAUCAUCACAAAAGCAGAACCAGUCAACAAAAAGAGUCACAGGACCGGAAAUUAGAAAGCUGAAAUCAAAAUAA